AUGCCGUCAACACACGCACCAACACCGCUCAUGCCAUCAACACAGGCAACACCACAGCUACCAGCAGGAGCAGCAUCGUCUAGCCUGCACAUUGAAGCUGCUACUAACGAGGAUGAAAUGGAAGGGUACACGACGUCGAACUGGCAGUCGCCUGGUCUGAUGCUAACAGCGCCACAGUACAGUAUGGAGGAUGACUAUAACGAGGAUGAAUAUAGCGAGACAGCUGAAGCAGCUACUAAAGGGGUUAUGGGAAGGGGAGGGAAGUGGGGAUGGAGGAAGAGGAGGGUGCGUGGAGAGAGCAAUGGAUCAACUUAUAAAGCGGAUGAGGGAGAUGACGAGGGGGUGGUUUACAAUGACGAUGAAACGGCUUACAAUGGUAGUGAGGAUGGCCAUGAGGUAGACGAAGAGGAAGUGGAGGACGAAGAGGAGGAGGAAGAGGAUGAUGGGGGUGGGGAGAUCGAGGCGGUGCAGAGGGUGAAGGAGAUGGCGACGAGGGGGCGAGUGGCUGCGGGGUUCUUCUAUUCGCGGGACGGCGGCACGUUCAAGAGCCCCAUUGGCGUGAUGCUGAGUCAAGUGAAGCUGAGCGGCAUGCUGGAAGCUAAUAGGGUGGUGAACAGCAGGUGA